UUAUUAAACGUUAUGUAAUAACAAAUAAGUUUUAUUCAUAAAAUGUGUAUACUGGAACUGUUUGGACGUCUCAAUACGUGUAGCUAACAAAAAUAUUUUUUUGCUGCAGUUAGGCACUAAGUGCAAGUGAAACUCUCAUUUUAUAUUUAUAUUGAGUGUCAAGAAACUAACAGUGAAUAAUGAGUGAUAAAAAAGUAAAACCGAACCCGUUGAAAGCCGAGCUCCGCCUGGACGUGGACGCCAGACUCGCGGCGAUGACGAAUGAGGACCGGGACCGGCAGUCGAAGAUCAUUCUGAGCAAAAUAUUCGCCCACCCAAAAUACAAGUCAGCCAAAAGGAUAUCCCUAUUCCUGAGUCUACCGACAGAAGUCCCGACCGAGCCGAUCCUCAACGACAUUCUGGCUCGAGGUGACGCAGCAUUCGUACCGCAGUAUUCGCGGGGACAGAUGAAGAUGCUGAGGGUUCUGCCAGGAGAUUUGGAGCUCAUGGUUGAGACUAGUUGGAAGAUUAAGCAGCAUAGUAAGGAUGCGGUUAGGGAGGAUGCUAUGGAGAAUGGUAAGAUAUACUGUAUUAGUCUAAAUUUAGACAGCAUUCGUACCGCAGUAUUCGCGGGGAGAAAAGAAGUCGCUGAGAGUCCUGCCAGGAGAUUUAGAACAGCAUUCGUACCGCAGUAUUCGCGGGGACAGAUGAAGAUGCUGAGGGUUCUGCCAGUAGAUUUGGAGCUCAUGGUUGAGACUAGUUGGAAGAUUAAGCAGCAUAGUAAGGAUGCGGUUAGGGAGGAUGCUAUGGAGAAUGGUUUAGACCUAGUAAUAGCCCCCGGAGCAGCAUUCACGCGCGACGGUUGGCGCUGCGGCCACGGCGGGGGCUACUACGACCGUUACCUCACCGCACUGCGCGCGCGACACGCAGACCGCGACCUCUAUGUGCUAGCUGUGGGCUUUAACCAGCAGAUAUACCCGGAGAUACCCGUUGAUAUCAAUGAUGUGAAAGUUGAUGAAGUUUUGACGGCUGAAUAAAUGUAAUUUUGAUUAAA